AUGCCCCGCUCAUUUUUGGUGAAGAAGAUCAAGCUUGAUGAUUUCUCUUCGUCCAAUGUGGCCACCUCCAAUCAUCAUCACCACCUGGACGACUCGUUCACUUUUGCACGCUCCAUCACAGACUCGGUGACCAGCCUUGGGGUUCGUCUCAGUGAGAAUGGCUACAUCCAGGAUUACAUCACGCCAUCUGUAUACCAGGGGGAGAAGAAGAUGGAGCACAAGCUGGCUUCGCCGGUGUCAGACCCCCUGUACACCCAGGUGAGCAGCGGAGAGGAGUACUGUGACCCCGACCUGAAGCACCCCGACAGCCCCCAGUCUGGCAUGACAGCCAGCGGUUUCUACAGUGGUGAAUCGGAGGCCCUGGCCGAGGGUUACACCAUGGAUGCCUUCUUCAUCUCUGAUGGGCGCUCGAGGCGAAAGGGAGACAGCGAGGGUCGUGGAGGGGGCUCCAGAAGCAGCAGCGCCAACGCUGGGGCUCAGGAGAGGGGAACCGGGACGUCUCGCCACACCUGCAACGAGUGCGGCAAGACGUACGCCACCUCCUCCAACCUCAGCAGACACAAGCAGACGCACCGCAGCCUGGAUAGCAAGAUGGCCCGGAAGUGUCCCACCUGUGGUAAAGUGUACGUGUCCAUGCCGGCGUUGGCCAUGCACAUCCUCACCCACGACCUCAAGCACAAGUGCGAAGUGUGCAGCAAGGCUUUCAGCAGGCCAUGGCUCCUUCAAGGUCACAUGCGCUCACACACGGGGGAGAAGCCCUUUGCCUGCGCCCACUGUGGCAAAGCCUUUGCUGACCGUUCAAACCUCCGCGCCCACAUGCAAACACACUCUGCCUUCAAGCACUACAGAUGCAAGCGCUGCAAUAAGACCUUCGCUCUCAAGUCCUACCUGAACAAGCACUAUGAGUCAGCUUGCUUCAAGGGCUCUGCAGACGAAGAUGACUCUGGAUCAGAAAACUAA